GUGACGGCAACAUGGCAGCUAAGGACGUUUUUCGCAGAUUUCAAAGAACAUUUUUAGUUCAAAAUAGUUUUUUGCGGUCAAGAUCUGUGCCAGCUCUGAGUUUGAAACGAAGAUGUUUUUGUCAGUUGCAGUCCAGAUACCUGUACACGAGACCAGUGAUGACAAAGGUCAAGCCGUCAGUGUUCUUAUCACAAGUGAGAUCAAUGUUCAUACAAACUCAGGACACACCGAACCCCAACAGUUUGAAGUUUAUCCCUGGAGUGCCUGUGUUAGAGGCUGGAACCUUUGACUUCCCAAAUGCACAGUCAGCUUACUGUUCCCCUCUAGCACGCCAGCUGUUUAAAAUAGAGGGCAUCAAAGGGGUGUUUUUCGGUACAGAUUUUAUUACCAUAACAAAGCUGGAUGAUGAUGUUGACUGGGCCAUCAUCAAACCAGACAUCUAUGCGACCAUCAUGGACUUCUUCGCCAGCGGUCUUCCAAUCCUCACAGAUGAACAACCAUCAUCAGAUACAGUGAUCCACCCUGAAGAUGAUGACACGGUUGUGAUGAUAAAAGAACUGCUGGAUACGAGAAUCAGACCCACCGUGCAAGAGGAUGGAGGGGACAUAGUGUUCAUGGGGUUUGAAGACGGUGUAGUGAAGCUCAAGAUGCAGGGCUCGUGCACCAGCUGCCCCAGUUCCGUGGUGACGCUGAAGAACGGAGUCCAGAACAUGUUGCAGUUCUACAUCCCCGAAGUCAGAGAGGUCCAGCAGGUGGAAGAUGAAUCAGAUGAAGUGGUGGAUGCGGAGUUCAAGAGACUAGAGGAGAAACUCGGAGACAAAGACUGACACACGGGAGGGGAAAUGUAUUCAGCUUGGAAAUCUUCACAAAACGAUCCUUAUUGCCCGAGAUUUUAUACAUUGGAGACACAGAUUUUCACACACAAUGAUCUCGUAAUCUGAACUUGAUCAUCCUCAGUGUUGCAGUGAGAGCCAUUUCUAAAGGCGCAACAAUUAUGAUCCAUGAUUCUCAGUUUGAUUUUGCAGUGACAUCAGUGUGUGCCUAGAAUAAUAUAAUCCGCUUCUGCAGUUGCUGUUUCAAAAGGAAAUACUGAUUUUCAAAAGUAUUGCACUUGAGUGGUUAGAUGUAUAGCAAUAACUUGACCUCCACUGGGAAGAUUCAAACCAUAUACCCUCUGAAUGAGAUCACCCAUUGCUUUUGCUUAUUUGCUAUUUGGGAAUUAUAUCUAGCUGUCCGAGGCAAGUAGUGUGUUAAAAGAGUGGCAGUGAUGGGGUUAUGCCAUGGGAUCAGUAUCUGGAUGGGUCUCUUUGGCCACUCUCUCCCAUUUUCAUUGUUGGUUUAUGAAAAUAAGAUCCAUUUUGAGUGAAGCUGAUCCAUUUUGAGUGAAGCUGAUUUAUUUUGGGUGAAACAGAUUUAUUUUGAGUGAAACUGAUCCAUUUUGAAUGAAACAGAUUCCUUUUGAAUGAAACUGAUCCAUUUUGAAUGAAACUGAUCCAUUUUGAAUGAAACAGAUCCAUUUUGAAUGAAACAGAUUCAUUUUGAGUGAAGCUGAUUCAUUUUGAGUGAAACAGAUUCAUUUUGAGUGAAACUGAUCCAUUUUGAAUAAAACAUUCAUUUUGAGUGAAGCUGAUCCAUUUUGAGUGAAGCUGGUCCAUUUUGAAUGAAACAGAUUCAUUUUGAAUGAAGCUAAUCCAUUUCGAGUGAAGCUGAUCCAUUUGAAAUGAAACACAUUCAUUUUGAGUGAAACAAACCCACUUUGAGUGUUGAGUCUCAACUUGAUACCUAUUUGGAGUUAAAACUUUAUUAAAAAUAAAACUUAAAAUGUGACACCACUAGUAUCAGUCUCCAGCUUAAGACUGAAAAAAUUGUGUUACAAGGAAUGUGUGGGGAAAACUUAUGUAUUGUAGGUCAGCCUUUAUAUUUUGUACGGGUCCAGAUUAAAUGUAUAAUAUAUUAUUACAUGUUAAUUAAAAAAAAAAAAACAGAAAAAGAAAAGAGCCUCAUUCUUUUUUUUCUAGUUUUAGGGUCAGAUUCCAGGAAACACAAUUUUUUAGGCCUAAUAUACAUUGUAGAUAGCUUAAUUAAAUAUCAAAUAUUAAUUGGAUUUUGUGUGAUAAUAAAACAAUCUUGAAUAUUUCCUGACUAGAUCACACUAAUGCAAGAAUAAAAUGUAUGAAACUUGUACUGUGUGCAUCGUGUAUGUUAGGAUGUGUAUUUUUAAAAUUAAUUUUUAUAUUCAGCUUCCUACUGAAUUGAGUGUACAAGCUAGAUGUGUGAAUGCAGUAUUAUAGACAUGUACAUCUAACAUGAUAACUUGAUUCAUGUAAUAUAUCUAAGGCAGGUUAUUGUAUAUAACUAACAAAAUAUAUAUGUAACCUAUAGCAUAUGAGUAAUAUAUCUCAGGACACUUAUUAAAUUUAUUACUCUGUGUUUUGUAACCACUUUGUUUCCAUUGUGACAUGAAUGCAAAUGUAAAUCUCAAGUCAGUUUUGUCUUUGGAAUACAGUCAUGUUGAGCAGUAAUUCUUUUCUUCUUUGUUUGUAUCUGGAAAGCAAAUUAGAUUACAGAAUAUUAAAAAGAAAUGUUUCUCCAGGGUCCACUGCUUUUAUAUACUUCUGAAUACAUACAAGACAUAUAAAUUAUUUUACUGGCUCAAACACCUUUUUUUUUGGAACCAGUACUGAGUGUUGCAACCCAGGCAAAUUUUUUUUAUAUGCAAUGGAACAAUAAUCUCGAUGACAUUUUCCACUGCAAUUUUGCAGUAAUGUUUAAGAGAGGACUUUAAUUUGUUAGUGUUUUUAACAACAACAAAAAAAAAAAAAAAUAUAUAUAUAUAUAUAUUUAAAAAAAAUAAAAGUCACAUUGAAAAUUGAAAGUCCCAUAUCAAAAUAAAAGUAACAUUGAAAAUUGAAAGUCCCAUAUCAAAAUAAAACUGCAGAAAAUUGAAAACACUAGCAAUCUCCACGUCAGUGCUGGUUACUGCUGUUAAUUGCCAGGGUAUUGAAAAUCAUGAAAUAUUAUUGACUAUAGUUGAAUGUACAUGUUAGAUCAGUGGUCAAAUGAUAUCAACAUUGAGCAAUGUCAGUUGAUUUGUGAUAAUAACUCAGUCGUCAUGGUAUGGUAUAGUCUAGUAUAGUACAUAUAAAAGAAUGACUGCAUCACGAAACAUGUUUCACAACUGGUAUAUCAAAGGCCGUGAUAUGUGCUAUCCUAUCUAUGGGAUGGUGCAUAUAAAAGAUCCCUUGCUGCUAAUUGAAAAGAGUAGCCCAUAAAGUGGCGACAGCAGGUUUCCUCUCUCAAUAUCUGUGUGGUCCUUAACCAUAUGUCUGAUACCAUAUAACCAUAAAUAAAAUGCGUCGUUAAAUAAAAUAUUUCCUUCCUUCCUUCCCGAAACAUGUUUAUGUUCUCUAAUGUUUCAUGAUUGAGAGUUCUUUAAUUGUUACUGUGUAAUUGUUUGAUGAUUGCUUUCAUACCAGUUUCAGCCAGGCAAUAGGGUUUUGUUUGUUUUUGUUUUCGUUUGCCAGCACAGAAAUAUCAGAAGAUCAUGUCAUUAUGGCACUUGCUCUUAAAUGAUGUUUUAUUCAUAAUGACAUUAGUUGUUACAGAACUGUGUGCGUGGAUAUUAAAAUGAAUAAAUAA